CCUUUGGACCAACGGCCGCUAGCACCGUUACCGGCUCCGCAGCCGCUUCGGCAGCCGCCAUCUUCCCGGAAACGCCGCCGCACGUCAGCCGCGCCCCCUCACUGCCAUGGCAACGGCGCGCUGUCUGGGAAACCUGAAGGAGCGGGUGGGAAGGGCACAUACGUCAGACAGUUUUUCGUCACCUGGGGCGGGCCUUCCCAAGGGAUUUAAUUGGGGCUAAUAAUUUUUUUUAUUGAGCGCCUAUUGUGAAUCAGACACAGUGCACUGAGCGUUGGAGAAACGGGUGAAUGAAGCCAGGAGGCAGUCAUUCAUUCGGUGUGCACGUUGUCUAGUGUGGCUCUUGCCCUGGUCCCCGGGGGUGGGUGGGUCUGGAGACCCUGAGAUGUGAAGCACCGCCGAGAUUAUGCUCUCCCAGAGUCUCUCCGGAGUGCAGGUCCUUUGGCUCUAUGGCCAUGUUCCCCCUGCUCCAAGGCCUACCCCGACCAUAUAAGGAGAGGCAGCUGCUGUGGGCGUCCCCAGGAUCUAAAGAUAGCGGUCUCUGCUUGGGACUCCAAACGCCACCGGGUAGCGGGAGCAGCCAUGGCAAGCCCCACCGCAACUCCUCUUCAGGCAGCAUGCCCGGACGCUGUGGUAUGACAGGCCCAAGUAUGUGUUCAUGGAGUUUUGUGUUGAGGAUAGCGCCGACGUCCACGUGCUCAUCGAAGACCACCGCAUUGUGUUCAGCUGCAAGAAUGCCGACGGAGUGGAGUUGUACAAUGAGAUUGAGUUCUAUGCUAAGGUGAACUCCAAGGACUCCCGGGAUAAGCGCUCUGGUCGUUCCAUUACUUGCUUUGUGAGGAAAUGGAAGGAGAAGGUGGCCUGGCCUCGACUCACCAAAGAGGAUAUCAAACCAGUGUGGUUGUCUGUGGACUUUGAUAACUGGAGAGACUGGGAAGGGGAUGAAGAGGUGGAGCUGGCUCAGGUGGAACAUUAUGCAGAGCUUUUGAAGAAGGUCAGCGUCAAGAGACCUCCCCCUGGCAUGGAUGACCUGGAUGAUGAUUCUGACAGUGCUGAUGCAACAAGUAAUUAACUUCUGCUGACGCAACAAGCACUUGAGUAUGGCUGCAUCAGAUGGCAGGAUAGGAGAGGAGUAGACUGGUGGGGCUCCUGACUUCCUACCAAUUGGUUGUAAUCUUGGUGUUUGGGACACUCAUCAGGGCUCUCUUGAGUAUUUGAGCAUGUGUGUGUGUAUGUGGUAGAGCAAAAGCCAAAGAAGCAGCAUGUAGAUUAUAAUAAAUCUAUAAGAACAGUU